UUAGUACAGCGUCAUUGUAGCAUAGUGUGCCACAAUACAUGUUGAGAUUCAAUUAAAGCUGAAAAUAAACAAAUUUUGGUUAAAUAUUUGUGAUUAUUUGCAAUAGAUAGGUCUAAUAUGAGAAUUUCUAACGGAUUUCUACAGAUUUUUGGUCCUCUUCUGAGUGCUGCUGAGAAGCAGUGGCGCUACCGUGCCAGACGUCAUGCUGAUGAGAACAGGAGACAGGAGUACCUAAUAAAAGAGAGAAUAAAGUGGCAGAAAGACAAAGAAACAGGGAAGAAGACAGGGCAAAAAGACCGCAGUUCGAAAGCGCAGCGUGCCCAGAGGAAGAAGUGGAGAGAGGCUCAUGAGAGGAGUAAAGCAUCUCAGAGAUUAAACUCCUCUCCAGUCAGCCCUGAUUCUACAGUCAGUUCUCCAUCAGGGACAUCAAGGCAAGGUGAACUUGGAAGGAAAGUAAGGAGAGCCAAUAAAAAGAAGCUUACCAAUGACCUGGCGAAACUUGAAAACAAGUUGAAAAAAGCUGAACAGCGGGUAGACAAGUACAAGAAGCGCCUCAAACGACUAGCAGAUGCCAACCCAUCUCCGAGAUCAAAAGAGAACAAGUUGGUCCGUAAUCUUUCUGCUGAAAACCUGAGGAGAACUCUGCUGUUCCAUACAGUGGUGGCAGAUGAAGUCCACAACAAAUACAGCCAAUCCAAGAGCCAGAGAGACAGGCAGGUCAUUUCAAGAAUAGUGACAAGCAAAAUACUGAAGAGGUACAAACUUCAGAAAGUGGCGCAGGAGGCCUUUGGUUUUUCAAGGAAGAGAUGGAGGAAUCUGUCAAGAGAAAAUGUCUGCCGCUAUGAAAGGAAAAGGCCUAGAGGUGUUGGAGUCAUAAUAAGGUCAGCUGUGAGGUCAUUCUUUGAGCGUGAUGAUGUGAGCAGGAUCACAACAGGAAAAAAACAAACAGUGACUAGGGCGAAGAAAAAAAUGCAGAAGAGACUGCUAGAGGACACCAUGAAAAACCUUCACUUGAAGUUCCUGGCAGACCAUACACAGCUCUGUCUCUCCUAUUCACUUUUCUGCUCACUUCGCCCCUACUGGGUUGUCAGACCUACUUUGGCCGACAGGGAAACUUGCAUGUGCAAACAGCAUGAAAAUUUAGGAUUCAUGGCAAAAAAGCUUCACCAGCUCCAUGUCAUUGACACAUCAGACAUUGAAAGCCUUACGGAGCGCAUGGCCUGUGACACCACCAGGAAAUGAUGCAUGUAUGGGGAGUGUGAGGAAUGCCGCGAUAAGAACUAUCCACUCACAAGCCACUACAUCCCUACUGCCUCUGUCUCCUACCUCCAGUGGGUCACAAUAGAUCAGGAGCAUAGGAAUGACCCUGGGACCACAUCCAAGGUAACCCUGAAAAAAGAUUUCCAGUGCACACAAGAAGAGCUAGUGGGAAAGUUAAAUGCUUCAUUGCUGAAGUUCAAACGUCAUACGUUCAACAUUCGACAGCAAUUUACCUUUGCAAGAGCCCUGAAGACUAACCUCCCACCAGGUGAAUGCAUUGUUCAUGUCGAUUUUGCAGAGAAUUACAGCUGCAAGCACAACACGGAAGUGCAAGCAGUACACUGGGGUGCGUCUCAUCAGCAGGCUGUGCUCCACACUGGAGUUUGCUACAUAGGUGGGGAGGCCUCUCCUUUAUCCUUCUGCACUGUUUCACCAUCCAGAUGUUGAAGGGGCCUCCUGCCAUAUGGAAACACCUGGAGCCAGGGGAUCUGGAACUAUUUUGAGGCUAGCCAUGGCAAGGGUGCCCCAGAUGGUGUGGGGGGCGCACUGAAGCGGAGGGCCGACAGGCUUGUCAGUCAGGGAGCUGACUGACAAGCCUGAACCUUUUCCAAGCUCUGAGCCAGGGAGAGUCAAAGGUCAGAAUGUUUUACAUUCCAGAAGAGGCUGUGGAAGAUGCAGUCAGAGAAAUGCCAGCUGGUAUUCCACCAGUACCAUCCACCAUGAGGAUCCACCAGGUGAUUGUUCCUUCUCCUGGUAAGCUUCUUUGCCGGGAUAUAAGCUGCAUUUGUUCUGCCACUGGCAAUGUUCAUUGUGGGUGCCAGGAGACCCAGAUCUUCACCUUUGAUAUCACACACCACACACAAGGCCCAACACACACACCAGAGGAAAUCCAAUGGCACAGCCCAGAUGUUCUCGGGAAAUGGUGUGCGCUGGUGUAUGAGCACUUAAAAUACCCAGGGAUCAUUCAGGAACUGAAUGAGACCCAUUGCAGAGUAAAAUGCAUGCGCAGGGUGGGAAGAAACCGUUAUCUCUGGCCAUCAAGGGAGGAUGUUCAUUGGUAUCCCUUUGUGGAUGUUCUACGCCUUAUUCCUCCACCUAGGGAUGUUACCUCACGCCACAAGGCCAUUGUAAGGGAGGUAUGGGAUGUUCUGGCCAUUCAUGAAAAUGAAUUCUGAAUUUUUCUGAUUCUGAUUUAUGUAAUUGAAAAUAUGUUUUAAAUGUUUCAAAAAACAACUUGGUGGUUAUGGUUGUUUAUACCACUUAAAUAAGUUUAAUGUUGUUGUUGUUAAUGUUGUUGUUGAGUAUUUUAUGGAAAAUUAAAACAUCAGUUUGAUUAAAAAAAAAUUGUGGUCCUGGGUAUAAUGUUGCAAAAAUGUUAUGACUUAAUUUGCAACCCUGUUACAAAAACAUUUUUAUUAAAAUAAGGAUAAAUAAUGGUAAGUAAUUUUGCUAUCACACAAAACAUUAAAUCUAUAGUCCUUAAAACAGCUUUAAUGAUUAUAUGCACAAUGUAUUUGAUCAUAUAUUUGAGAGUAGAUACUGGAAUUAUUAAAAAACUGUAUGUCACUGUUCAAAUUGAAGAUAAUUAAGCCUUUGAUAGUUAGCUGAAUUAACAUAUAUAAUGUAUAUUAACAGUCUUACCUGAAAUCAUAUUACUAUUCAGUGUAAAAUGACUUCCUUUAUUGAAUGAAAAAGGAUUUACUGAAAAAUAUUUAAAAAUAUACCUUUUUCAGGCUAUUUUGUAUUUGUAACAGGGUUGCGUAACUACAUGUACACAGCAAAUAAAACAUGAGGUGGAAAAAGUACCGUUGAUGCCUGAGCUUGACAAAUCAUAUAAUUUAGUAGUUUAUGACCUAUAUUUCUUAAAUAUUGAACAUAAAAUGAUAAAAUAGAAAAUAUUUAUUUAAGAAGUGUAAAAGCCAAAAUGUCCUCUAAUUCUGGAAUGUCCCACACAUCAAAACUGACACUAGUUCUGGAGUCCUAGCACGUUGAAGCAUAAACUUCUCUCUGAAAGCGUAACUCUCGCCAAGAUGCACCCUAGGGUGUUUUGUGAAUGUACACGAGUCAAACUUUCGUUUAAAAGCAUAAUUAUGUCUGAAGCGCCACUUUCAAGCUUGUCCGUGUUGUGGAGUUUUGAAUGGGAACUAUUUUUUGAUACAUGAUCGCGUCAAAAUCGCUAUUUUUUA